AUUGUGCAAAGAAUAAUUUGUAGUUAUUCGACAUUUGCAACUUUGAGAAAGCCCCCGUAACAUCACUGAGGCACCCAUAAAAACAUCACUGAGGAUGCUUAAUUAAGAUACAGUAACAAAGUUAUCCAGGCUUACAUGGCUGUAUGGAAGGUUUUCAGCCUGUUCAACCAAUGGAGCUUUCAACCCUAUGCUCCAGCAGUCUCGGAUCUCUGCUUAAAGAAGAUGGAUGGAACGAUGUGCUGCUGUCUGAAAUGAAGGAAGAUUAUUUUGGAGAGCUCGAAAAGAAGUUGACAAAAGAAUACAAGACAAAAGAGAUAUUUCCUCCGUGGGACCUUCUCUUCAGUGCAUUCAAUCUUACCCCUUUUAACAAUGUAAAAGUGGUUAUUCUUGGUCAAGACCCAUAUCAUGAUGAUGGUCAGGCAAUGGGACUGAGUUUCUCUGUGCCUGAUGGCAUCGCGGUACCCCCGUCCUUGAAGAACAUGUACAAGGAGCUGACGACUGACAUCCCGGGUUUCAAAACACCGGACCACGGCAACCUGACCAAGUGGACUCAACAAGGAGUAUUACUUCUUAAUGCCACACUCACAGUGGAGGCCCACAGCCCCAACUCACACAGGGCGUAUGGGUGGCAGAAGUUCACGGACAGAGUUCUGAAAAUCAUAAGUGAUGAGAGUUCCACGAGAAUAGUCUUCAUCCUGUGGGGCCUGUUUGCCCACAAGAAGGAGAAGCUGCUGGACGCAUCUCGACACACCAUCAUCAAAACAGCUCACCCGUCGCCGCUCAGUUUCAACAAGUUCUCUGGCUGCAAGUGCUUUUCCAAGGCUAACAAGGCGCUCAAGAGUGCUGGCAUUAAACCUGUUGACUGGAGUCUUUGAACUCAGAAAUGUUGGGGGUGUAGGCGUCAGUGUCCAGUUUCCCCCUCGCAAUGUUAGUUAAAAAAAAAAUUCCAGAUCACUAAUUUCAGGGUUUAAGCUGGACAACAAAAUGUUCCAAGAAUUUGGUCAGAAAGUCUUUUGGCAAAUGCUAGUUAAACAAAAUAUAACAAAAAUUAAGAUUAAAAAAAAAAAAAUCUAAGAGAUAGUAAAAAAGGGUGAGGUGAAUGACAAGUCAUGCCAAGAAAUCUGCUGACAAGAUGCUGAUGAAUUAUAAAUGUAUUCAAGCAUAUGUUCAGACAAAAGCAUGAGGCAGCCAAUUAGAGUUGGCUUUACAAAACACACAUGAUUUUCAGAUGAUCAUUUUGGGCAAUUAGUAAUAGAAUAUAUUCGUAAAUUCAACUUAAAAUUCAAUUCAUAUUUUGUGAUUUGGCAAACAACAGCUUAUACCCUGCAUUUUCAUAUCACAUGAUGGUGAAUAACUUAUCUUAUUUUCGACUGUGUGUUUAAACUAGCUAUAGUUAAUCAGGAUGAAAUAGCCGACCAUUGAUCUGACAGAACUCGGAGGUUCAAGAGGUCCCGUUUUAAUAUUUUCUUCUCCCCUUCCUUCUGAAACACCAAGUCCACCCUGGAGUGAUGGCUCAUCUUAUAUGUUAGAACAGAAAGAAUGAAAUAGGGGCCUAUUUUAUUAAAAUAAAUAGCCGCUAAUUUGUAAACUAUGAUUAUUUGGUAUCGAACAUUAUUAUGUCUAGGUAAUGAGUAAAGAAACAUGCUACCACCACAUGGGCUACUCCGGCCUACUGUAUUGUGACAGAGUCUUUUAUAAGCAUUUCCCUAUUCAUUUCAUUUCAACUUAUUUUUGUGCUUAUAUCCAAUUAAGGUUCAAGCACACUGUCCUGGGCACACACCUCAGCUAUCUGGGCUGUCUGUCCAGGACAGUGGGUUAGUUGCUAGCAUUUCCCUAGACACGGCAGCAUGCUACAAUUUUCUUUAUGCAAAGAUCAUGUGUCAAUUACAUGGAUAAUUAUCAGAAAUAAAUGUAAAAAUAGUUAAAUAUAUCACAUGCAAAUAUAAUAAGGGACGUUUAAAUAAAUAGGGUCAACAUUUGUUUUGUUUUUUAACCACAUUGCUUUUACUGUACAAGAUAUAUUUUUACCACAUUGUUUUUACUUUGCAAAAUAUAUUUUUACCACAUUGUUUUUACUUUGCAAAAUAUAUUUUAGCACAUUGUUUUUACAUUUUGCAAGAUAUAUAUUUUAGCACAUUGUUUUGACAUUGUCCAAGAUAUACAUGUACUUUCAUUUUUUUAAUUUUAUUGUGUACUCUUUAUAAGAUAUAUUUCAUAAAAAAAAUUGUUGGUACAUUUCCACUUUUAACAGAUGCUGUGAAUACACUUCAUAAGGUGUAUUUUAUCAACUUGGUAAUAAAAUAAAAAUAAUAGAACUAAUAAUAACAAGGAAACUCAUAUUGCAUGUAUUCUGCUGUAUUUACUAGAAAUUGUGACACAAUAUUUUCUAUUUUUGUCAUAACAAUAGUGUAUAUUCUAUUUAUAGAUGAAUACCUAAUUUUUUAAUCUGUUAUUACACGGAUAAAAGAUUAUGUUUAUUUUUAUUAUUUUUGUAUUAGUUAUAUAUACCAUGUACACAUUUAUACAAACCACAUAUGAAAUAUAUUUUAUUCUGUUAAUAAACAAACAAAACAUU